AUGCCUCUGCCACACGUCACUAACGGCAACAUCAACGACAACGGCAACGACAACGGCAAUAACAACGGCAACGAUAACGACAACGGCAACAGUAAGAUCAAUGAUGACGGCGAGAGCAACAAAGACGACCUCGUCGCCGUGGCCGAGGGCAUCCUCAAGCACACGCAAGAGCUGGCCGCCUACCUCACCGAGCACUCGAUAGCGGCGCCGCGGCUCGAGGCCGGAGCGCGCACCAAGCUAUGGACCACGCACACCGGGCCCGUCGAGGCCAGCCGGACGGCGCUCACGGGGCUGAUGCAGCACCUCGAGAAGCUGGUCCACGGCCCGCACGGCUUCCUGCACGAGUACGUAUCGGGCAACUGGGAGUACGGCGCGCUCAACACGCUGCUCGAGUUCGACGUGCUCGAAAAGAUCCCCCGCGCCGGCACGGCGUCGGCCGACGAGCUCGCCGAGAAGACGUCCCUGCCCGCCGAGAAACUACUGCGCAUCUGCCGGCUCGUCGCCUGUGCCGGCAUUCUCAAGGAGACCGAGGCUGGUGUUUUUGCGCACACUGCGGUAUCCGAGGAGCUGGUCAGCGACGCGGGCUUCCGCGCGUGGGUUGGGUUCCAGCUAUAUGAGACACGAGUGGCCAGCGCACAUUUGGCAGAUUCGCUUCGACGCCCGAACCCGUUUUGGAAGGGACAGGCCGCCUUCGAAUACGCAUGGGGGAUUCCCAUGUACGAGUGGCAUCGCAAGCACCCAGGAAAGGGGAAGCGCUUUGCGCAGGCUAUGGAGAGCGUGUCCAAGGGGCUCGAUCCCGGGAACGGCAUGAUAAUCGACUGGUUCACGUCCCGUUCCGACAUGCAUCAAGAUGAGACGGCGCUGGUUGUCGACGUGGCAGGCAAGACGGGCUCGUUCGCAGUGGACCUCGCGGGCAUCUUCCCCAAAGUCGCAUUCGAGGUGCAGGACGAGGCCGCCGCGCUGCUGAAGCGAGGAGAGGCGAGCCUGCCGGCAGAGCUGUCAGGCCGGAUCACUUUCCGCGAGCGGAGCCUGCUCGGGCCACGCACCUUGGACGAGUCAUCGGCGGUACCGCGUGUGUUGCUCCUGCGGAGCGCGCUCUGGUGUCUCGAUGAUGAGACCUGCAUCGGGCUGCUACGCAGCUUCAUCCCUUUGCUUCAGCACGCGCAGCGCCCGACGCUGCUGAUCAACGACCUAGUGUCGCCGGCGUGGGGCACGUUUGAGCCGCACGUGGAGAGGGCGUUCCGGCGGCGGGACGUGACCGUCAUGACCAUGCACAACGCCAAACAGCGCACGGCGGGCGAGUGGGCGGCCGUCUUGCGCGCCGCGAGCCCGGCCUUCCGCGUCGAGUAUACCGAGGCGUAUUCCUCGCACAGCUGCCGCGGACUGUGGCAGGUCCAAAUGGCUUCCGGCGAGGACACGUCGUGA